AUGCUGUCUCAGCGCUUCUCCGGGCUCGCCCGGCCUUUGCUGAAUGGACCUGCUGUGCCCAGUGCACGGGCGCACGGUGCCUUCGGGAGAGCAACGCGCUGCCCCGCUCCUCCCGGGAGAGGCUUCAGUCGCACCCACAGGCUUCAGGAUGCCCCUGGAGACGCAGGUUCUGCAGACAGAGUGACAAUUAAUUUUAUAAAUCGGGAUGGAGAGAAAUUCUCAGCCGCAGCUAAAGAAGGGGAAAGCUUGCUGGAGGUGGUGGUGAAUCAAAAUCUCAACAUUGAUGGCUUUGGGGCCUGUGAAGGGGCAUUGGCUUGCUCCACGUGCCACCUCAUCUUUGAUGACAACACAUUCCAGCAACUGGACCCUGUCAUGGCGGAGGAGCUGGAUAUGCUGGACCUGGCCUAUGGCCUGACUGACACGUCUCGUCUCGGCUGCCAAGUGCGCAUACAGAAGUGGAUGGAUGGUGUAACAGUCCAGGUCCCCACAGAGGUAUCUGACAUCAGGAGAGAACUGGAAGUGGAGAAGAAGAGCAAACAAUAGCUGACGUGGGCUCCACUAAAUGCCCUUCCUCUAGGGUAC